UAGUCCCUGCCUGCGGCUCAGAGACCACGCCGAGGGGACAGCCGCCACCGCUACCGCUGCUGCCGCCGCCACGAAGGAGGAAGAGCAAGGGAGGAUGUGGGUUUUUGGUUACGGGUCCCUCAUCUGGAAGGUGGACUUCCCCUAUCAGGACAAGGUGGUUGGAUAUAUCUCAGGCUACAGCAGGCGCUUCUGGCAGGGCAGCAUCGACCACCGCGGGGUUCCUGGCAAGCCUGGAAGAGUUGUGACUCUUGUUGAAGAUCCUGCGGGUUGUGUAUGGGGUGUUGCUUACAGACUGCCAGUAGGAAAGGAAGAAGAAGUAAAAGCAUACCUUGACUUCAGAGAGAAAGGAGGCUACAGGACCAAAACAGUCAUUUUUUAUCCAAAAGAUUCCACAACAGAACCAUUCACUGUGUUGCUAUAUAUUGGAACAUGUGAUAAUCCUAAUUAUCUUGGUCCUGCACCUCUGGAAGACAUUGCUGAACAAAUUUUUAAUGCAGCUGGUCCAAGUGGAAAAAAUACAGAAUAUCUUUUUGAACUUGCAAAUUCCAUUAGAAGCCUUGUGCCAGAAGAUGCAGAUGAGCAUCUUUUCUCUUUGGAAAAAUUAGUAAAGGAACGUUUAGAAGGAAAACAGAACUUCAAUUGUUUAAAAAGACCUAACUGACUUUUCCAAACAAGCAGAGCUUUUAGUCUUCAGAGAACAGCACAAUGGCAUUAUGAUUUGUAAACGUGUUUAUUUGAAAGUCUUAGUUGUGUUUAAUGUUGUAGUCAAGAUAUCAUCUAAAUUUAUAGUUUAAUUGCAAGUGGCUUGAAACACAUACAUAUUCAAGAUAUUGGGGUAUAAAGAAAAAAUUUGUUUCAAUAAUAUAAUGAUUUUCCAGCUAUGUGAUAUUAAAUACUUGCUUAUGAGAAGUGAGUUCUUUAGAAAAAUAUGAUGAAGGACUCAGUUCAGAACUUGUUUUUAUCUGAAUAAAUAUAAUUGUUAUUUCAUACCACAGUACUAUUUUGAAGUUGUAGAGAAUUAAACCAAAAGACCAGUAAAUAUAAUAAGGUUAUACCUUCAAUAUAUUCCCAUACAUCAACUCUGUAAUCAUGGUUUAAAAUAA